AAUAGCGUAUUGCACAAACGCAAGCCAGCCUUGGCUAAAGACACAGCAUUUCCAGGUCGCUUCUACGCUGUACAUACCUACCUCGUCAGGCCUCUCCCUCACACACACAUACAAAGGACACUUCCCGCCCCCCGGUUCCACUGAACACAAGCUUAAUCCUCGUCUCUCGUUACUGUCUGUAUCGUGUCGUAUCUUUUACCCUCACGAUCCCGUCGCUCGUUUUCUCCCUUCGACGCCGACUUCGACCACGACAUCGACUAUAGAGCUCUCCGAAUUGGGGUUAACUGACCUUUAAUCUUCGUCAAAAUGGCCCAACAAGGAGGAGGUGAAGCCCCCAUCACCACCAUCGUUCCCUUCAACAACCAGAAAGUCCUUCCCGCUUGCGCCGCCGCUUGCGGUCCGCUCUACGAUGCCAACGGUGCCUGUGUUCCUCCUCAAGUAGCCGCUGAUGCCGGCCCAACCGCCUACACGCAAUGUUUCUGUCUCGACCAGCGAGUCGCCGCUUUCUCGACCGCCACCACAGGCGUCUGCGACGAAGCAUGUACCGCGGAUCCCAAGGGCCUUUCAUCGAUCGCUGGCUGGUUCCGAAGCAUGUGUAGCGUUUCGACUGCUCAAAAUGGAGGAACAACCAAGAAAACUGGACAAGGCUCUACGACUUUGACAGGUGACGGUGCUUCAUCAACAGCUGGUAGCAGAGCUGGAUCCAACAAUGGAGGUGGUGGUGAUUGGAUUUCCAACCAUUGGCAAUGGGUCAUCAUGAUUGUUGUUCUCGUUGUCGGCAUCGCAGCCAUUUGGAUCGGCGCCUGUAUUUGGCGUCGCCGUUAUCUGCGCAAGAAGGAUCGCCAGACUCACCUCGGCCAGAAGCACUCCGGCUCCGCAUCUCGACCAUCCUGGGGUCCCGGCAUGGAGGCCUCAGAGUCCGGAGGUCUUCCCUACGACGACGAAUCGAACCGAAACUCGCACGGCCUGAUGCUACCGGGUGCUGCCGCCGGUGCCCCCGUCGAGGAGAAGCCCAAGGAGAAGAAGCGAUGGAUCGUCCGCGACCGAACAUGAUACCUCACUUCAUGCUCGAUCUUGUUAACGCUAGUUCCGAUCUCAUAACGAUUCUCCUUGCCAUGUCCGAGUUCAAAAGCACUUCGACAUGCUGUUCACCUUACGAUAUAAACCGUGCAUUUAUUCAUUUAAACGGCCUUACUCUAUUCGAUAUCAU